UAGUAUAAGUUCUCCUCUUUAGCCAUGUGGUGGGCUCUAAAAUUGUCUAUUGUUUUGGUGGCUCUAAGUUUUCACAAAUGUUUUUGCUCGGCAAAACUAGAACACUAUUUUGAACUUGACUUUCAACUUAUGACACAACUGAAAAGCUAUUCUGUACAUCUCCAGAGCCAUAUUGGUUUGUUAAAUCGUUACAUAAAUGAUAGAAGAGCCAGGCUGGCAGAUGUGGGAAACGAUCGAGAAGAGUAUCUGGGCAACCCAGUUAAUAGUUACUCCUUACUUCACCGACUGCACUUCGAUUGGCCAAGUUGGCGAAAGCUAAUGGAGAAGCCCUUGGCUACAGAGCAAAUCACUGAGAUGCGGGAACUACUUACCCAGAUUCCAACGAAGCAGGAAUUCAUGAACUCGACAAGAGAAGCUUUAGAUUUCCAUAAUAAGCAAAACCAUUAUGUUGAGGAAAACAAGUUUCAGUUACGUCCGACGGAAUCUCUGGAUAUCGCUUUGUAUGCAUACGACCACGAGAACUUCGAAGAGGCAGAAGUCUGGCUAAAUAAAACUCUAGAGGGACACAAACAUGUGCUUCCCCGGCAAAAGGAACUGUAUGAGGUGAUCAGCCCCGUCAGUAAAAGUCAGAUCGAGGAUCUCUAUGAGAAAGUGCAGAAAAUGAAAAGAGUAGAUUAAACUCCAUAAGCAUUUUGUAAAAGCAGUAGUGGAGACCAGAGUUAAUAUUCGAAUAAAACGCUCCCUCAUGUUUAUUUAAA